AUGAUGCGUCAGUUGCACGACGGCAUGAUUGCGCGAGUCACGGACAACGGAGCUGUCUCCGAGGCAUUAGCAGUGACCAACGGAGUGAAGCAGGGAUGCGUGCUGACGCCUACCCUCUUCAGUCUCAUGCUCUCUGCCAUGCUGCUGGACGCCUACCGUGAUGAACGCCCCGGGAUCCGCAUCGCCUACAGGAUGGACGGUCACCUUCUCAAUCAGCGGCGGAUACACUUUCAAUCGCGCGUAUCCACAAUCACCGUUCACGAAAUUCUCUUCGCCGACGACUGCGCCCUCGGAAGAGGAGAUGCAACGGAGCAUGGACCUCUUCUCCGCAGCCUGCGAGAAUUUCGGCCUGGUCAUUAA